GCACUUCACCGCCACACAUCACUUCCACUCACCAUGCGCCCUGCUCUUCUCCUUGCCAUUUUCGGGGGCUUGGCACUUGCCGCUCCCCUCGCCGUCUCGCCAGACGGGUCUCAUCUCGUCGCUCGUUCAGAGAACGCCGUGGCUGCUCGCGACGCCGAACCAGAGGUCACGGCCGUCGAGGACCGCCAGCUGUCUCCAGGAGGUCUCGGAAACAUCGACUGGAACGGUCUCAUCGACCAAGUCAAGACGACGCUUGAUGACACCACCUCCCUCACCACCGCGCAGAUCAAGACCAUUGUCGGUAUCAUCACCGGCAUUUCCCAGGGCAAGCCUCUGGACGGCAGCGUCAUCGGAAAGCUCCUCACCAUUCCCGCGUCCUUGCUAGUCAAGCUCCCGCAGAUUCUGGCGCCCAUCCUUGUGCCUGCCACCAUGGGUCUUCCCGGCGUCAACCAAGCCGUGUACAUGCUUCUCGUGCUCCUCCAGACCCUCGGAGGCGGCGUGGGACUCCUCGGUGGCCUGACAGGCGGUCUGGGCGGUCUCCUCGGGCGUGCAGUGCCGGGCGUCAACAUCGACCAAGUGCUCGCCAAGGUAUCCAGUGCCCUCAAGAACACGGGUCUAAGCGAGGGCCAGUCAGACAUUGUAGGCGGUAUUGUCCGCGGCCUUCUCGAGGGCACCCCUCUCGGCAGUGGCGCUUUCGGCCAGCUCCAGAGCAUCCCAACACAGGCCCUGUCGAAAGUGAUCGGUGCCCUCAACACCGUUAUCUGGCAGAUUCCUGCCAUCGGUCCGCUUCUCGCCCCCCUCCUCGCCCUGCUCCAGCUUGUUAUCCUUUCCGGCGGUAACGGAGGCCUUCUUGGGGGCCUCCUCGGUGUGGUCAACAACGCAAGCGGGGGCGUUCCGGGCGGAAAGAAUGGCGCAAUUGGUGGCCUCCUCGGAGGGAUCCUGUGAGCGCUCAGCUCAUCAUCUGCACGGCGAAUGUUCUUGAAUUUCUACCCCUG